AGGGAGAGGAAAUUGGCACUGGCAGCCCCAGGAGAGUCCCCAGCCUCACAUACCAGUGCAGCAGGGAAUGCUGUGACAGCGCAGAUGCAGCCUGGAAAGAAGCAAUAUUUGCCAAGAGCCUGGGGGGUGCUGGAUGCUGAGGAGGGGCUAUCCUGAUGGCCCCAUAAAUUCAUCCCAGGACUUCAUUUGAGGGAAGGAUCUCCUGCAUCAAACACUUCCUUGUGCUCUUCCCCUUCCCAUCAUUUCCCUCAAGAUGGCAUCUGACAGUCCUGAGUCUCUGAUGACCUUGUGCACUGAUUACUGCCUUCGCAACCUGGAGGGGACUCUCUGCUACCUCCUGGACAACGAAACGCUGCGGCUGCACCCCGACAUCUUCCUGCCCAGCGAGAUCUGUGACAAGCUUGUCAAUGAGUACGUGGAGCUGGUGAAGACAGACAGCAUCUUUGAACCCCAUGAAAGCUUCUUCACCCUCUUCUCAGACCCACGGAGCACCAGGCUAGCUCGGAUCCACCUGCGGGAGCACAUUGUGCAGGACCAGGACCUGGAGGCCAUCAGGAAGCAGGAUCUUAUUGAGCUCUACCUGACUAACUGUGAGAAGCUGACAGCCAAGAGCCUGCAAACCUUGGUGAGCUUCAGCCACACACUGAUCUCCCUGAGCCUCUUUGGCUGCAGCAAUAUCUUCUACGAGGAGGAGAACCCCGGGGGCUGUGAGGACGACUGCCUGGUGAACCCCACUCGCCAGGUCUUGGUCAAGGACUUCACUUUUGAGGGCUUCAGCCGCCUGCGCAUCCUGAACCUGGGCCGGCUGAUCGAGGGCGUGAACGUGGAGACGCUGCUGCGGCCCCUGGCCUCCCUCGCGGCGCUCGACCUCUCUGGGAUCCAGCUCAAUGAUGUGGCAUUCCUCACCCAGUGGAAGGACAGUCUGGUUUCCUUAGUGCUUUACAACAUGGACCUUUCAGAGGAGCAUAUCCAAGUGAUUGCACAGCUUCGCAAGCUCAGGCACCUGGAUAUCUCUCGAGACCACCUGUCCAGUUACUACAAGUUCAAGCUGACCCGGCGGGUUCUAAACUUGUUUGUGGAGAACCUGGUGAACCUCACUUCACUCGACAUCUCAGGGCACACCAUGCUGGAGAACUGCACUAUCCCCAGCAUGGAGGAGAAGAUGGGCCAGACAAGCAUUGAGCCAGCAAAGAGCAGCAUUGCUCCCUUCCGGGGCCUGAAACGACCACUGCAGUUCUUGGGCCUCUUUGAAACAUCCCUCUGCCGCCUGACCCAUAUUCCAGCCUACAAGGUGAGCGGAGACAAGAACGAAGAGCAAGUCCUGAAUGCCAUUGAGGCUUACACCGAGCACCGGCCGGAAAUCACCUCCCGGGCCAUCAACCUGCUUUUCGACAUUGCCCGCAUCGAGCGCUGCAGCCAGCUGCUGAGAGCCCUCCAGCUGGUGAUCACAGCCCUCAAGUGCCACAAGGAUGACAAGAACAUCCAGGUGACGGGCAGCGCCGCGCUGUUCUACCUGACCAACUCUGAGUACCGCAUGGAGCAGAGCGUGAAGCUGCGGCGCCAGGUCAUCCAGGUGGUGCUCAAUGGCAUGGAGUCCUACCAGGAGGUCACAGUGCAGCGGAACUGCUGCCUGACACUGUGUAACUUCAGCAUUCCCGAGGAGCUGGAGUUCCAGUACCGCCGAGUGAACGAGCUGCUGCUCAACAUCCUCAACCAGAGCCGGCAGGACGAGUCCAUCCAGCGCAUCGCUGUGCACCUCUGCAACGCCCUGGUCUGCCAGGUGGACAACGACCACAAAGAAGCUGUGGGCAAGAUGGGGUUUGUCAUGACAAUGCUAAAGUUGAUUCAGAAGAAGUUGGCUGAUAAAACGUGUGAUCAGGUGAUGGAGUUUUCCUGGAGUGCCCUCUGGAACAUCACUGAUGAGACCCCAGAUAACUGUGAGAUGUUCCUUAACUACAGUGGCAUGAAACUGUUCUUGGAGUGCUUGAAAGAGUUCCCAGAGAAGCAGGAGCUGCACCGUAACAUGCUGGGCCUCCUGGGCAAUGUGGCAGAGGUGAAGGAGCUCCGCCCACAGCUCAUGACCUCCCAGUUCAUCAGUGUGUUCAGCAACCUGCUGGAGAGCAAAGCUGAUGGGAUUGAGGUGUCAUAUAAUGCCUGUGGAGUGCUCUCCCAUAUCAUGUUUGAUGGUUUAGAGGCCUGGGGAAUCUGUGAGCCUCACAGAGAAGAAGUUGUGAAGAGGAUGUGGGCAGCCAUCCAGAGCUGGGAUAUCAACUCCAGGAGAAAUAUCAAUUACAGGUCAUUUGAACCAAUCCUUCGACUUCUUCCACAAGGGAUCUCCCCAGUCAGCCAGCACUGGGCCACCUGGGCACUCUAUAACCUGGUCUCUGUCUACCCUGACAAGUACUGCCCACUGCUGAUCAAAGAAGGUGGGAUCCCUCUCCUGAAGGACAUGAUUAAAAUGGCCUCAGCACGACAAGAGACCAAGGAAAUGGCCCGGAAAGUUAUAGAGCACUGCAGUAACUUUAAGGAGGAGAACAUGGACACUUCCAGAUAGAGGCAAUCACCCACUGCCUCUUGCCAGCACUGUAUCCAGCUUCUCUCUAACUCACUGUACAUAGGGAGGACUCUUUCUUACCAACUCGCCCGUUGGAAGGAAACUUUAUGUGUGUGUGUGAGACCCUCAGUAGAUGAAGGUGAAUAGGGGAGGGGGGAGGGACUUUUUGCACAACAAAAUGCUUUCCUUAACUUAGUGGACUUUUUUGUUAUGAAGUUUCAGGUUGAAGUUCUGUGUGUAUGAUUUCUGUAUAAAAAGAAAACAAAAAACAAAGACAAUUACAUUAUGUAUCUUUUAACCAUUUACUUUAGACCACACAGAGAGCCUCAAAUGACCAUGAGCUUGAACACCUAGUUGUGUGAUCACUAGUGUGACGUUUAUUUCCCACUUUUUAGAAAAUUCCCUUUUGCUGUACUGCAUGAGGUCCUGUGAUGUCUGCAAGAACACCAGUCCUGAAUCAGCAUUGGCUGCUCAGUGGGGCAGUGAUGAGUUAUUUAUUUGGUUAGAGAGGUUGGGGGAGAGAUACCAGAGAGAUAAACCAAAAGAACUUUUUAAAAAAGAAGUUUUAGUGAGACUUAGAAAUGGAGAAACUAGGGAAAGCUUUUCAAGCUAGUCCACUCCCUUAAGGGCUUUUUAAUAGAAGACUCACAUUAAUGGAAGCAUUGCUAAUUCUGUGUGGGUCAUUUGGAAGUAAGACUUCCCCAAUAAAGUCAAGAGGUCUGUUUUGUCCCUGUUGGCAGUACAGUGGGAUCUGCCAGCCCAGCCAGCCUCAGAAGGUCAGGGAUGAUCAGCAGAACCAGUUAUACCUUCUUGGCUCGAAGGGAGCCUGUGCAACAAGGCACAAGGUUUGUUCACAAAGGGCUACACAUCUUCAUUCUAGUCCUUCCCCACCUUUUUUAGUAGUGUUCUGUUUUGUAGGGAGGGGCUACAAAGCCAGAGUAUUUUCCUCUGCAUACUAUACCCUGCUAGGCCCUGGUCCUGAGCAGCUGUACCCCUUUGGGCAAGUCCCAGGAGGGGACUGGAGCUGUUCUGCCCUUCCUCAGUCUGUGUCAUCACAAGCUGUGCUCAGUAGCAUCAUAAUCUCCCUUCCCAGGAAGCUCACUGCAGCACAACUGCUGGAAUUGGAGGUGGGGAGUCUCCACACACCCUUUGAAGGGCAGUCCCGGGAAAUAGCACCUUUUGUUCCACCCCAACAUCUUCCCCCUAUCCUCAGAAACAGAAGGCCGUAUUGCUGUUGACUCCCAGAAGCACUUACCAGUGCAGUCCCAGUCCCAGUCUGUGUGACACAGGUGAGAGGAGAGUCCCACUGAGCUGGUCUUCCCCUGUGACACUCCAGACCUAUAAUGGUUCAAAAGAAGCUGAAGGCCAAGCUUUGCCUCACAGCCAGGCACUCAGCAGCACAGUUGUCCAUAUCACAGCCCACUGCUCAACACAGUUCUUUGACAAAUCUUGCCUUAGAAGGGACUCAGAAAAGAUGUUGUGCCUGGUAGAAGGCAGAUGAGCCCAUGGCCAUGCAGGCUGGCACAUUUCAGGCCUCAGAGCACAGUAACUUGCUGCUCUCUUCCCUUGUACACUUUGCUCUCAGAUUUGAGUCGCUGCUAUGAGGCUCUGCUAAUGCUCAGAGUUCAUGUUGUCCUUGUGAGCACGUUAGAGAUGGAUCCUUGAUCCACAAACUGACACUUUAACUGACAGAACACAACUGCCUGGAGAGGUUUACUUUUACUGCCAAUACGGUGUUAUUCAAUGUCUUUUUUUUUUCUUUUUAACCAUAUGUCAAUUUGUUUUGGUAUUGUGAGAUCUGUACUUUUUUCUUUUAAGUAUUUUUCAAACUUAUAUAUAUUUUUGUGUCACUUUUAAAUUGUUUUCAUAAGAUUGCAAAACUUGACAAAUUAUACUUUUUUUGCAGUCAUUUGAAAUGUAUUUUUUGCUUAUUCCUGUUUCCCAAGAAUUUGUGUCCCUAUGAGCUUAUAUCAAGAUCUGUUUGCUGUGUAACAUUUGCUAAUCCUUCCUUCUAGAUGCAAAACUAAGGGGGGCUGCAAAUACAGUCUUGGUUGUUAGGGGAGUCAGGCUUUGCUCUUUAACUCCCCAUUUAGUGCUGCUGUCCUUGGGAAGUUGUUUCACAUGGCAGUACCACCCACCACAUCUGCUUCCUUUCCAAAGCCCAUGUAGUGAAAGCUCCUGUCACUAAAAUCUUGAACCAGCUGACAAAAAGCACUCAAGAUUCUGGCCAUGUUGGCAGGGUGGGAGUAGAGCAGAAGGGGACAGAUGACAGAUGGGAGGUAUCAGAAAGCCUUGUCCCCAGAAAGCAGCUGCCACACUGGGGAGACAGUGGAGCUGGGGAACUCCAUCUCAGCUGGAGCAGAUCCCAGCCUCUCACUGCAAUCCAAGCCCAGCAGUUCAGCUCUACUCUGAGACUUUGGCACAACUACAUCAAGGCUAAUGACAACCAGUGGCUUGGUUUUAUCUGCCUUGAGACCCCAAAGGUUUGGGUUUUCCAAACCAGUGCCUCCACAAGUUGAGCAGUUACUGGAAUCUCACCUGCUACAUCCCAAACUAACAAGAUCCACACUGCAUCAAAGCUGUUUCACACUGCAGAGGUAACCUCUGUUCUCACUGCUCACAGACCCUCAGCAAGCUGUACCUCCCAAACCAGGAUAAAAAUAUUUCAAUUUCCCAGCAAUAAGGAGAUGAAUGGAAGCAGGCCAGGCUGACAGAAAUGCUCAGCUUGCUGAAAUCUGUCACCAUUCCAAGGUGAAAGAGGGAACUCUUAACUGGGCAAGUGCAGAAAGCCUCACAUAGGAUUUUGAGUCAGGCCACCAACAAGUAAAUGCCUCAGGCAGCACAUGAAAAGGAAUAACACCCCUGUUAGAAUAACAUGAGCUUUGCCUACAAACUUCAGUGUCUUCAAGAUUUUGUGAGCUGAAAAAUAACAUUUUCCCUUCAGUUAGCAUCAAAGACUAAAAAGUAUCCUUUGAGCACCAGAGCACAAUCCAACAGUUCCUGAAACCAGUUUGGGCCUCAGUUUCCCUAACUGAAACAACAGGAAUAAUGCAUGACCUGAAAACGGUUUUUGGUGGCAAGGAUUUAACUGGGGCCACAGAUCCAGAGCUGAGGACAGAACAGGAGAGUUGCCUGUAGACAUCACAUCAAUGUUCUGCAAGGAAAGGAGGGCAAAGUGGCAGAUUUUUGAUGAAGGUUUAAUGUAAAAGGGGAAGUUGGAUACCCUGAAAUGCUUGACUGCUCCAAGGAUGCCUCUCAGGCCUUCCAGCUUUGCUGGAUCAAAGGAACAAGCCAGGAAACUUCAGCUCCACACAAAAUCAUACAGCCAGUGACCAACCCUGCUCAGGAAACCAGAAUGGGGUUCUAUUUUUCAAAUGAAAAUCCAGUAGAGAAGUUCAUAGCAUGUAAGGAUAUUGCAGAGGGGCUCCUUGUGCUCAGUAGCUGUUGGCCCACUCAGACUCUUCAUGUUUUCACUACUGCAUUUCCUUUAAUAUUACCAAGCUUGGCAAGCAGAGCACGAACACGACUCAGUAGCUCCCUGCAGAGACUGUGCCAACAAAGGAAGCCUCUACCUGAACUGUGUGUGGUUUCCUUCCUGGCCCUUGUCAGUGACCCAGCAGUGCCAGGUGUCCAUGUUCUCUGGAGCAGAUAAGAGCAAAUUGAUGAGCAACUUCCCACCAGUGCUUCCAUUUUACAAAAUCUGUGGGAGGAAUUGCUCAUAAGGAUUGGCAUCUACUUGGAUGAUGCUUAACACCCAGAAGCACUUUCUCUUCUAGACCAAGCCAAGAAAGUUUAGCACUGAUAUUUGUGGCAAUCAGAACAUUGCAGAUAAAUUAUCUGCACCAUGGCUGCUGUUUCCCUGCAUCUUCCUACUGAAAUUACCCUCUUCAGCACUGAAUCCUACCCAGCUUGUCACCUUGGCUGGGCUUCUGCUGCUGUCACUCUGGUCUCUGCAAAAGAUGAGUGGGAAGAAAAGUCUUGGAGCUGUGAGUCAAUUCCCUCUCAUUACCUGGAGAAGGCAAUUAAUUACCAGCAGGGCAAGAGCUAGAGGGCACUGCAGUCAGGCACUACCCAUAGAAAAGACAUUUCCUUGAGACUGUUUAGGGAGGAGUCUGCCACAGCUCAGGUGUUGGAGGACAGCUUGUGCUGGAAAAAGAGAAUUAAAAGUGGGGAAACAGCUGGUCUCCACGACAACCAUGUAUGUGGAUGAAGCACAGAGGGCAAUAGUCAUCAGGAAUAGAUGAAAAGCAACAUGAGGGCUGAAGGAGAAGAGAGCACUUAAGGAAUGAGGGAGAUACUCUGCUGAACUGAAACACUUCUGCUUUAGCAGACUGUUUUGAUUUCAUGUAAUUGUCACUGAUCCUCUCUGUAACUCUUUCCUUGUUUUAAAAAAAGUUUUUAAGCUAAUUAAAUAUGUAUUUCCUUGUUUUGCAAUGAAAAUACCCUCAGUUAUAAUGAGCAAGCGUCUCCUUUUACUCUGUCCAUGGACCUGCCUGAUGCUGAGGCCUGGUUCAAAUGUUUGUACCUGGUGAAACUGAGCAAAAAAAUCAAAAUGCACAACUGUUGCUUCCUCACAAUUCUGAAUGAAUUAACUUUUCUGUUGUAUCCGUUGGAUACCUGCUGUGUAUUAAACCUAGUGCUCAAGA